AUGACCUCCAAGGCUAUGCCGGAUAGGGUCUCCCAUACCGGACAGGCAUGGAGCGAGGGACCAGACGAAGAGCAGCACACGGAGGGGUCCUCCAUUGCGUCUGACACCACCGUCGGAGGAGACUUCGUCAACUCCUCGUUCCGUAACCAGCGACUCACUUCAACGACCCUUCUGGUGGCUCCAGUUGGAGAUGUUGUUGUUGGGUAUAUGUGCGAAAGGCACCCCUUUAGCAUCAGUAUUUGGGGCUGCAAGCUCAUGGAAGGGAGGGCAGAGAUGGAGCUCCAGGCGGAGAAGGAGGCCGACAACAAACGGCUGCGGGACGAGGUGGCGACGCUCCAGAAGGAGGUUGCUAGCAUGCGUCUCAGCGUAGAGAAGGCGGCUCGCCCAGCCCAGGAACGGACGCCGGCACCAACACUGCAGGCUGAGCAUAUCGCGCGUGAUGUACUAUCCCAAAUAGGGACGAUGAUCAGCGCGCGAUUCGAGGCUCUCGAGGAGCGUUUGCUCCCGGAGAAGCGCCUAAGGCCGCCCUUGGCUGCGGAGAGACGUGGAAUGUCGGCGUCCAUCGUCGCCAAGCCAAAGAAGUCCGUGGCUAAACCCGUCGCGACGCCUAAGCCACCUGCGGCCGCCGUGAAAUCUAUUACGGUGCCGCGGCCCCCAUUGGUCGCAACGGGAUCCUCUGCGUUGCCCAAGUCCGGUACGGCAUCAAGACCCACUGUGGCCACCGCGACGCCAGCCGCCGCUAAUAAAAAGAAACGGAAGCGUAGAGGCCGCAAACUACGUGCCCCUACGACGGCAGCUGUAGUAAUCACACUACAGCACGAUGCCGUCGAAAAGGGGGUUACGCCUGAAAAUAAGGCAGGCGGCCACGGGAGCUCGAGUUCUCGAGCUUCCAGCACGAGCGAAGCAGCGGACAGUUUUGCCGCGAAGCUCCGUGAGGUCCUCGCCGGAGAGGCACGGAUCGCCAGGCCGGUGAAGUGCGCGGAUCUGCGUCUUACUGGCCUGGAUGAUUCCGUCACCAGGGAUGAGGUGCGAUUUUCGCUGCAGCCGCCUGUCCCCUUGACCACGUCAAGGCGGGCGAAAUUCGGGAGGGCCGCCGGGGCACUGGCUGCAUCUGGGUGCAAUGUCCAGUGGCAGCUGCUAAGGUCUUGGAAAAUCGGGCACACGCGACUCCAGUGCACCUCGGAGGUGGACCGCAGCGAUGCUUGCUAUCGCUGCAGUGCUCCUGGGCACAAAGCAGCGACAUGCUCAGCCAAACCCCACUGCGCAGUAUGCGCAGUAGCAGAUAAGCCAGCUGAGCACUCGGUGGGGGGUAAGGGUUGCUCCCCACCGAAAAAAGGGAAAAAGGCCGGCAGGACCCCGGCCUCCCAGCAGGUGGAUCGGGAUUCGUCCCGACAAGAGGAAAUGUGUGUCGACCCUAAUAAUGGA